AUGGCCGAAUGGCCCAACAUCGCUAUUGACCGAGUCAUUCUCGCGCCGCUGAGCACGCUCCUCUUGACCACCCGCGACAUCAUCCUCUCGCCCAGGACGCAUCGCAUCGUCGUCCGGCUCGGUGUGCUUGGAGCCAUAUUCUGGACAGCUCUCGCCGCGGCCAUCGUCAGCUACGUCGGAUUCUACCGCGCCUGGGUCCCCGAGGUCGGCCUACGCAAGGAUGUCUGGCUCCAGUACGGGCACGAGGAGCCGCCGUUCUGCGAUCUCCGCUUCGACGGACCGGAGCUCGACGGACGUGACACGCGCAGUCGAGGAGACUUUUUUGCCGAAGACCAGGCCUACGACGUCACGCUGGAGCUGGGAGUGCCGUUGAACGAGGCCAAUCUCGACUUGGGCAACUUUAUGGUCUCGCUAGACCUCAGGUCGCGCAGCGCGGGCACCGUCUUCCGUGCUAGUCGUCCGACGCUUCUGACGCAUUCGCCUGCUCCGGUCAGGGCCCUUUCGAGCAUCUCCCAGCUCAUCUCCCGCAACCCUCCGCCCUCGAGGUCGCCACCCAACUCGCAGAUCCUCAGCGUGCCGCUCCUCCGCCGUGUCGUGCUGCGACCCUCGUCUUAUGCACCGCCGCUUUCAUCGGUGGCCGCAGACCCUGCAAGCGAUCGGAAAGUGACCCACGGCCGCGUCACGGUUGGUCGCCACGACGCCGAGAGAUACUGGCGCUACGGGGGAGGUGGCGGAGGCUACCUCCCUACGAAUGCCGCCGCGAGACGCGAUAAUCACGUCUCGGUCUCCAGGGCCAGUCGUGGCGAGCUGCAGACCUAUGCAGCAAGCCUUCGCUUCGACGCCCACCUGACGGGCCUUCGGUUUUUCAUGUAUCACUAUCCUCUCCUGUCCUUCUUCCUCUUCACCUCGCUCUUCCUGGGCUUCGAGCUGGCCACGGCCCUGACGUUGUGGGCACUCGCAGCGAUCUACACCUCGUCAAUCACUCCGCUGUCACUGUCGCUCGAGACCGAGGAGCACUUUCAGACGGAACGGACGUCGAGACGGCGGGGAGCACACCUCAAGACCGAAGCCGUCGCAUCGGACUACACGGGCGAGUCGGAGUCCCUCAAGCGAAGCGAAGGAUCGGGCGCCGACGGCGACGGAACCGAGACCGAGACGGACGGCGAGAUGUACCGCGCUUCCACGCAUCGUCGUGAGGAAGGCGUUGCGCCCUCGCAAGCCCUGCCACGCUUCAAGACCGAGGAAGAUGCAGAAGUCGAGCUGCAGCGGCUGCGUUCGCUCGACAGCCUGAGGGAAAGGGACGCGGCUGAGCGGGCCGAGGCCGUCCAAAGCGCCAGACUGCGCGAUGCCGUCGAGAACCGGCGCAUGACGGGCUUGGACGAGGGAGGAGGCGCGGACCUCCUUCCCGACGAGUUAUCGCCCGAAGUGUCGCUGCCCCGGAGGGUCCUAGGUCGCCUCGACGAGGAGACAGAGGAAGAAACCGAGGUCGGAGGCAGCAUCAGCGGGGAGAGUGCCAGCGUUUCAGCCGGCGAGAGGGGUCGACUCGUGGAGGCGGCUGAAGAGGAACGCUGGGAGGACCUCGAAGGUGAUGGCGGCGCAGAGGCAGGCGUCGCGGGCGUGAAAGGUGAAGCCGCAGAAUUGGCCAGCACCGUUGGCGGCUCGGCGACAUCGGGUCCGUCGAGCAUCAGGUCGUUUGGUGCCACGUCGCUUGGCCCUUCUGUCACAACGCUUCAAAGCCGCGCUCCCACCCGACGGAGUGCCAAGGACGAAUAG